AUGAAAACAUUAUUGGCUCCUCUAAGGUAUCCUAAUAUGAAAUUUCUUCAACCAGUUGGUCUUUCUGGGGGAAUAACCCUUUUAUGGAAAAAUGGGUUUAUCUGUGAUGUAGUUAGUUGUGAAAACAACAUGAUUCAUGUUGCAGUUCAAUGUGACCCAAGUCAACUAGAAUUGUUAUUAUCCUGCAUGUAUGGAUACUGUGAUUAUUCUAAGAAGAAGACUCAAUGGGAAUUCAUCAAAGAUAUUGGACUUAAUAUCUCUCAACCUUGGGUACUUCUGGGUGAUCUUAAUUUUCAUAUUCUAGAUACUUCUUCAUCUGUUUCUUCUUCAGGAGAUGGUUUAGUAAAUUCUAUAAUUCAAGAGGUGGGCUUGCAAGUCUUGGGUUUCGUAGGCAGAGAGCACAAUUGGUCAAACAAUAAUAUGGGUAUUGGUAUCAAAAGAUCAAGAUUAGACAUGGAUUUUCUUAAUGGUUCAUGGAAUUCACAUUUUCAAGAUUCUAAAUUCCUUCAUCUUCAGCAGUCAGGAAGUGAUCAUUGCCCAAUAAUAACUUGUGCAGCUGAAAUUGCUAAAGCUUGGGAAAAGUCAGUUCAAGGCUCUCCAGGUUACAGGCUCAUUAAAAGACUUCAGUUCACAAGGAUUACUUUAUCAAAAUGGAACAAAACCCACUUUGGGAACAUUGAUCAGAAUGUUGAUAAUCUUCAACAUAAAUUAUCUGAGAUACAAGCUUUGCCUUUUUCUCCAGAUAAUACUUCAAAGGCAAUUGAAGUGAGUAGAGAGUUGGAUAAAUGGUACAAAAAUCAACAUGAGUUUUAUAAACAAAAGUCCAGAGAUAACUUUGUUAAUGACAUGGAUUACAAUACCAAAUACUUCCAUACUUUAACAAAGGGGAAGAGGGCUAGAAAUAACAUUGAUUCUUUAAAGCCAGAGGAUGGUUCUUGGCUUCAAUCUAGAGAAGAUAUAUCAGUGUUGUUGUCUAAGCACUUUAAAAACAUAAGUACUUCUCAAAAUCCUACCAUUGAAGAACAACAUUAUAUUCAUAUUCCCACUCUGAUUACAGAAGAGGAUAACAUGCUACUUCUCAUUCCUCCAACUGAUGAAGAGAUACAUAAAAUUCUCAAAAGUAUGGAAAGAUGGUCUGCUCCAGGGCCUGAGGGAUUUCAAGCUGGAUUCUACAAGUCACAAUGGAGUAUUGUUGGUAAUGAUGUUUGUGAAAUGAGAAAAGAAGGAGAAGGUGGAUGGUUAGCUUUGAAUCUUGACAUGUCAAAAGCUUUUGACAGUUUGGAAUGGUCAUUUCUUCUUAAAGUUCUUCAAAGUUUUGGAUUCUGUGAAGAUUGGUGUCAACUAAUCAAACAAUGUAUCAGCACUACUUCACUAUUUGUUAUGCUUAAUGGUUCACCAUGUGAAGAAUUUUCACCCACUAGAGGUAUUAGACAGAGAGAUCCUUUAUCUCCAUAG